UACGGCACCGAACAGUGACCUACGGACCGUAUUGUGCCCUGCGGCAUUGCACCCUACAGCACCGUAUUGAGCCCUAGAGCAUCGCACCGUGUGAGACUAUAUUGAGCCCUGCGUACCAUAUUGAGCCCGAGAGCGUCGUAUCCUACAAGACCAUAUUGAGCCCUGCAGCAUCUCGUUCUACAGGACCGUGUUGAGCCCUAGAGCAUUGUAUUCUACUGGACCAUAUUAAGCCCUACAGCACCGUAUUGAGCCCUGCAGCAUCAUACCUUACAAGACUAUACUGAGCCCUACAGCGUCGCACCCUAUGGGACAUCAUUGAGCCCUAGAGCAUCUCAUCCUAUGGGACCUUACCAUAACCUACGGGACCGUAUUGUGCCCUGCAGCAUCGCACGCUACUGGACCCUAUUGAGUCCUACAGCGCUGUAUUGAGCCCUAGAGCAUUGUGUUCUACCGGACUGUAUUGAGCCCUACAGCACCAUAUUGAGCUCUGCAGCAUCCCACCCUAUGUACCAUAUUGAGCCCUAGAGCAUUGUAUUCUAAUGGACCAUAUUAAGCCGUAUUGAGCCCUAAAGCAUCAUACCUUACAGGACUGUACUGAGCCCUACAGCAUCCCAUCCUACAGGACCUCAUUGAGCCCUAGAGUAUCACAUCCUACGGGACCUUACUGUGACCUACAGGACUGUAUUGUGCCCUGCAGCAUUGCAUCCUAUAGGACCAUACUAAGCCAUACAGCACUGUAUUGAGCCCUACAGCACCAUAUUGAGCCCUAAAGCAUCGUACCUUACAGGACUAUACUGAGCCCUACAGCAUCGCAUCCUACGGGACCUCAUUGAGCUCUACAGCAUCACAUCCUACAGGACCAUAUUAAGCCAUAGAGCACUGUAUUGAGCCCUACGGCACUGUAUUGUGCCCUACAGCAUCGCACCCUACAUACUAUAUUGAGCCUUAGCAUCAUACCCUACGGGACCAUAUUGAGCGCUACAGGACCAUAUUGAGCCCUACGGCCCUGUAUUGUGCUGUAGAGCAUCGCACCGUGUUGAGCCCUAGAGCAUCGUAUCCUACGGGACCAUAUUAAGCCCUGCAGCAUCGCAUCCUACGGGACCUCAUUGAGCCCUGCAGCACCGCUCCUCCGCCCUCGCCGCCCCCCUUGGCAGCAGCGCCCCUCCUUGGUGGGGCAAUGAUGGCAUGUGCGGAGCUGCUGGCCGUGUGCCUGCUCUCCACCGAUCGCCGCCCUGCGCCCCGCUGCCAGCCGCUCCCCAUCUUCCACGACAUUUUCCGUCGAGCCGACAAGAACGAUGAUGGGAAGCUAUCAUUUGAGGAGUUCAAGAACUAUUUCGCUGAUGGGAUCCUGAGCUCGGAGGAGCUGUGGGAGUUGUUCAGUGGCAUUGACAGGCGUCAUUCAGAUAACGUGGACACGGAGAAAUUGUGUGAUUAUUUCUCGGCAUAUCUCGGAGAAUACAGGAAUGUGCUUUCUGCCCUGGAAACCCUCAACUCUGCAGUCCUUACAGCCAUGGACAAAACCAAGCUGAGGUAUGAGACCUCCUCGAAGAUGGAGCAGUUCCUGACCCGCUUCCUGCUGCGCGAAACCAUGCACCAACUGCAGUCCCUGCAGACCUCGCUCGAGUGUGCCGUGGACACUGUGGAGGAGCAGGCAGGACGGGAGAGGAAGGACAUCAAGAAAUCUGAGACGUCAGUUGGGCUGAAAUCAGGAAGGCGAUGCGGGCGCAGGGGACAUAAGAAUGUCUGUCUGUCUCCGACAGAUCCCUAUUCCGGGAUGCUGACAACAGGUGUUUGUGUCGAAGACAACAGCCAGUGGAUGGCACAGAUCAACAGGCUCCAGCAGCUCAUCGAGAAGCUGGAGUGCAAGAGCCCACGCUUGGAGCCGCUGAAGGAGGAAGCGAUGUGCAAAGGAAGAGAUGCACACAUCUUGGUGGCGAAGAGGCAGAUCUCGGUGGCGACGAGUGGCAUCGAGGAGUUUCGCCAGGCGUUCAGGUCCUACACGGAGGUCACCGCUGGGCAGAGCAGCUGCCUGCACGUGUCUGCCUGCAAGCUGACGGACGAGGCCUGCUUCAUCCUCUAUGAGUUCUGGCAGGACGUGACUUCGUGGAGAAGCCACUUGCAGUCCAGCUGCAGCAAGACUUUCCAGCGGUCCAUCAUCAGCUUGCUGGAGUCCCCAGAGCUGCUGACCACCAUGCUCUUCCCAGCUUCCUGGUGGAUCAUGAACAACAACUGACCCCAGGCACCCGCUUCCAGGAUGCCAUCAGCAUGCGGAAGGAUGCGGAGCCCUCGGCACAGCCCUUGCAUUUGUCACCUCCUCGUCUUUUGUCCCCUGGUGUGGUCUGGCAGGGCCUGCCUGCCUGUUAUCCUUGGCAGUGUUUUACCCCUUUUGCUCUUUUCCUGUUAAUUUAUUUCUGCCCCUCAGCAGGACACCUUCCCUGCUUCCUGGGGGGAGCGGGACCCUCCCAGCAGCGCUGGUGGGAGGUGGCACUACUCUGGUUGCUGCAUCCUGGCAGCCCUCAGCCCCUUUCCCACACUGGCUCCUCUCCUCCUGAUGCUGAGGAUGGGCCAGAGCUCCACAGGGUGCUGGGAUGGGCUUGGGCCAUGGCUCUCACUAGCCAUGGCAUCCCCGCACUUGCCCCACAAGGGCCACUCUGGCCAGCAGUGGCUCUGCCCUGGAGCCAUGCGGUUUUGUACAGAUAGGCAAUGGUGUUUUAUAGGAAAAAUUGUAGUGAAGUGUUCCUAUAAGGUGUGCUGGAUCCGGCCCCGGCCACGCCAGCAGCCCUGGCUGUGGUUUUGGGAAUGGAUUCAUGCUCCUCCAGCUUGUGUGCAUCCCCAAUAACCUACUGCCCACCUCCCAGAAAGGCGAACAUGGACAAUUAACAGCUCUGUUGCUUCAUCCUGCGGCUCAAUGGAUAUAAACCGGCAUUAGCACCAGUCUGUGCUCGCAGAGGAGGCUGUUGCUGAAUUAAUGGUGACAGGGGCACGAGAAUUGCAGGGAAGUCCCUUGGCUGGAGCAGAGCAAAGCCCGCCUGCUCUGUGGUUGUGUGCUGUGGAUAUAUGUGUCGGAUGGGCAAGGCAGUGAACACCCACGGGCAAGUGCCUCCUGGCACUGAAAUGCCACUGUCCUCGCCCCCUGCCUGUCCCCACCACCCUGUGUUGUUCCC